AUGUCGUCUCUCGCGAUUCUAAUUGAACAAAUCAACCAAGCCGCAUCAAUAUGUUUUCUUACAAUAUCGAUUGUGAACUUUCUACUGGGUGCAUUUGGACUUCUUAUCAACAUUUAUGUUUUCACUCGGCCAACUCUCCGUCAAGAACCAUGUUCAAUGUAUUUUCUUAUUUCAUCAUGUUACAAUCUAUUCGUUGUCUUCGUUGUUAUGCCUGUUCGUGUCCUUUCCAAUGCGUAUGAUAUCUCGGCAUCAAAUUAUAAUCUCGGUAUUUGUAAGUUUGAAUAUUUUAUUUUUUAUGCAACACGUGCAACAUCAGUUUGGUUAAUCUUAUUAGCAUGUAUUGAUCGUUUUCUACACAGUUCGCCGCAAAGAUGUCUACGUCAGCUAAGUUCGAUGAAAACAGCCAAGUUAGCCAUUGCAACUUCAAGUCUUUUUGUUCCAAUUCUGUAUAGUCAUAUGAUUGCUUAUUAUGAAUUAUAUAAUGUAACAAAUGCCAAUGGAAAUGUCGUACCUUCAUGCCGUAGUCGAAAAGGUUUUUAUAGUACUUUUUUCGGAUUCUCACAUAUGGUAGUUUAUUCACUCUGUCCAUCAUUUUUUAUGCUUACUUUUGGCUUUUUGACAAUAAGAAAUACUCAGAAACGUAAUCAUUUGGUUCGACGAAUCACAGCUGAAAAUAUGCGAACUCGACGAACAAAUUCGCAAUUGUUACGCAUGCUUACAGCGCAAGUUUUAGUGAUCAUUAUUGCAACAUUACCGUUCUCAAUUUAUCAACUUUAUACAUCGUUUACGAGCAUUUUAGUCAAAGAUACACUUCGAAUUGCACAAGAAAACUUAUUUGCAAGAAUUACCGGUAUCAUGACAUAUUUUGCUCAUUCAAGUAGUUUCUACUUAUAUACACUAACCGGUACUAUUUUUCGGAAAGAAGCGAAAAAAAUCUUCCAACAUGUAAGUCGUAUCCAUACAGUUGACACUGAACAACAAGGUAUUCAUGUUUUGCAAUUCCGUCAUCAACAAAUGAUUCCUCAUCUCAGUCGCCGACAACGACAAUAA